CAGGUUCCUCCUCGCUAAUCCCCACCCGGGCCUCUGCUCACCCUGGAGCCAGCUCACGUGCCACCUCACCCGCGGCCGCUCCCGGAGCUUCCUCAGGUAUCCCCACGCCCGUUGGCCGGGGAAUCCCCUCAUCUCGGAGUCAAACCCUCGCCGACAAGCAAUCCAAUCGGACAAGCGCCGGCUCUACCAGCUCAACCUCCUCUUCCAAGAGCACAGCAUCCUCAGCCAAACCCCCGUCCAACAAUAAAAACUCCAUGUUGGACAAAUUCAAGUUCUUCAAAGACAAAGAUAAAGAUAAGGACAAGAAUAAAAGUGGAGGAGGCGGAGGAAAUAGUGGUGGAGGGGGUAGUGGAGGUGGGGGUGGGGGAGGGGUGGUGAAGAGCACGUCUAAAAAUAGCAGCACCAGUACGAGUACGACUAGCACGAGCUCCCGCAGUGAUACCGACUCACGCACAAGUUCUGGGGACACAGCAAAGUCCUCGUCCUUCACCAGCAGCCAUAGCAGCAGCUCUGGGGGCGGGGACGGGGGCGGGGCUACUAGCACAAGCUCGGGACUCCCCAGCGCUCCGGCCACGCCCUCUAAAAGCGGAGGGGGCGGCGGGAGCAGCAAGUCGGGGAAGAAAUCUCUCGUGAAGGCGUUCAGCUCUAAGAAAGACGCAGCGCACCACGAUGAAUCCCCUCGUGCCCAGAUCCCGCCUCCUAUCCCAAGUGCCCAAGGUUUAGGACCGCCCACCGGGGGUCCCCCUUACGCCCCCGCGGCGUCCCAGUCUGCAUCAAGAACCGCCUCCCCUAGCCAGAGCAGGAAGUCCGGCGCCAAAAAUGACCGCUCGGACAGUCGGCAGGCCGCCGCGGACCCACGUAUGGCUACGGCCAGCCCCACCCCACCCUCCUCCAAAAAGGCUUCCAAGCUGGCGAGCUUGUCAGGAAUCCCCAAAACCCAGAGUUCUUCUUCGGGGAAAUCUUCGUCGUCCAAAGCACCCUCUUCUUCCUCUAGCUCUUCACAAGUAGCUGUGUCGUCAUCCUCAUCGUCUGCUGGCCCCGCCUCGUCCACGGGUAUUCCCAAACCGAGCUCUAGCAAGUCUUCGGGGAAACUCUCGAGGGAGGACAAGGCGAGGGCGGCCGCUGCCAGUAAAGAAUACAACAAAGCGUUGUACAAAGACUUGCCCGGAAUGGGCGUGCCCAAGGCAUUUGGAUCCAGUUCCAAACAGUCUUCAUCCUCGUCCUCCUCAGCUCAACAACAACAUCAACAGCAGCAACUUCAGCAAUAUCAGCAACAGCAGGCGGCGUACAGCCAACGUCAGCAACAGCAGCAGCAGCAACAGCAACAACAGCAUUCUUCACCUCAUCACUCUCAGCAAGCGGCGUCCUACAGCCACCAUCAUCAUCAACAACAACAACAACACCAUCAGCAACAACAACAACAACAACAACAGCAUCAACAACAGCAGCAACAGCAGCAGCAGCAAUACCAGGGCUACCCUCCCGGCUACCCAUCUCAGCAUUACUACAACCCUCACUCAGUGGCGGAGCACCCUUACAACACCCCUCACGUGUACACGCCUCCGUACGCCCACAACCCCGGCUAUGCAACACCCACCCGCGUCCCCUCCAGCCCGCUCAUCCAAAACGUGCACCCUAGGGUCAAUAUCCAGAGCAUGGAGCGACAACAGCAACAACAACAGCAACAACAACAAUACUACCACCACUACCAACAACAACAGCAGCAACAGCAACAACAGCAACAACAACAGCAGCAACAACAACAACAGCAGCAACAACAACAGCAACAGCAGCAACAACAACAGCAACAAGUGAGUGAGCAAACAAGUGCCUUCGCACCGCCCCAGCAGAGAAGCACGGCCCAGGCGUCCCACUAUGUGCCUGUGACAAUUCCCGCCAUCAACAUGGACACCCACCCGACCAACCUGGCCGCCGCCGCCGCCCAAUCUGGCCGCUGCAGCAAGCAGAUGCUGCCCCAGAGCCCCAUGAUGAGCCCAAAUCUGGGACGUCACCCCAACGGCCAGCAACCGUCGGUCAACGUCGUCAAACCGACCAUGGCCAGUGCCUCUCCUUCCUCUACCUCCGCUCAGAAAUCCAACAAGUCGGACAGCAACACACAAACCAAUUUGUCGGUUCUGCACCGAUCCGCGACUCCGAAACAUAUCACGGCUUCAUCCGAAUCCGGAAAAUCGAGUCCCCGACUCGGUGGAGAUCAGUCUCCGAAUCUGAACGCGAGUCGCAGCUCCAACUCUUCGGCUUCCCCGGCGUCCCCGGCUAUGUCGAAGAAGUCGUCGAAAAGCGGGUCCAAUACUCCGGAUCGAACACUCGACAGCCCGGGAACCGGUUCUAGUUCUAGAGAGGGCGCCAUGAAGAAAUGUGCUACACCCGAAAAGGAACUCGAGUCUCCCCGAUCCAAAUCUUCCAGCAAGGAAAACCUCCUCGGAGACGGAUCCGAAUCCGAUUCCUUGGGCCGAGUCAGUAACAAAGAAUUGCCUGGCUCGGGGGUCGAGAAAUCUCUGACUCCAUCCAACACGAGCUCCCCGAAGCUCGGGGUCAAAAUGCUGGGAUCACACAUCGCCAAAAACGCCAGCAACGUCGCAGUGGUGCAACCACGACCCGGAGAGAAGAUGGAGACCACAUUCGACGCAGAGGUUCGAACCGAAACCAUUCACAAGAUGUCCUCGGAGCAGGAGAAGGCUCAGACAGGCGGGAAGGAGACGACCUUCCUGACCCCGGAGAAAGAGGAGAAGACGACGUUUCUGGACGACCAGGGAGAGACGAUGGACAUCAAACCCAUGCCCCCUAUCAUGAGGGCGCUGCCCUACGGCUACUUCCGCGGGUACUCGGGCUAUGGAGGCUUCAACAACCGGAACUUCCACAUUCCAGGAAUCUCCGUGCCCACCACCGCUAUGUACGCCACACGCACCGGCAGCGCACAAGGUUUGGGCAUGCCGCCACGCCCCCUCGGCGAGUCCUCACAGCACGGCGGGCCCCCCAAGUUUUACUCCGCCCACAUCAAGCGGGCUGGCUCCGCCUCCUCCGGCCCGCACGGCCCGCCCCCUCCCCACUCCUCCUCCUCUGACGCCGACUACGCCUCGGAGUCAGACACUUACGACUACGUCUCUGGCUACAUGUCGGACGGCGAUAUCUUGAAGAACAACCGGAACAACGGAGGGGGCGGGGCCGGCGCUGAUGAUUGGUCCAGCGGGUACCUGAGUGAGGGCGGGGCUUCGCUGUACGCUCGGAGGCUGCAGCAGAGGUUCCGGGAGGGCAUGCAGGCGGUCAGGGAGUGUAUGCAGAAGAGUAGCGGCAUUAUGGACGACGACAG